GCCCGGCCCAUUUGAGCCAGGCUCUCCCCCAAACACGAAACGAUAGCGCGACGCGAUGCGACGCGAGCGCGACGCGACGCAAAUCCCGGAGAACCCUAUGGAGGGGAUCCCCCAGACCGCCGCCGCGGCGGCGGCGGCGGCGGCGGCGGAGGCAUCUGAGCCCCCGCGGAAGCGCGCCCGCGUCGACGGCGGCGGCGGCGGCGCAGGGGAGGAGGAGGAGGACCGGCUGAGCGAUCUGCCGGACUGCCUCCUGGAGGACAUCCUGGCGCAUCUCGGGUCCCGCCAGGCCGUGCAGACGAGCGUGCUGUCGCGGCGGUGGCGGAACCUCUGGCGCGGCGUGCGGGUCGUGGUCAUCGACGUGGGGUCGUUCCGCCUCCCGGGCGCCGACGGCGACCCGCCGCGGUUCCGCCUGGAUCGCAUCGAGGACUUCGCGGACGGCGUCCUGUCGCCGUCGCUCCACCCGGGCGCCGCGCGGGAGCUGGACGCGCUCCGGAUGCGCCUGGACGAGGACGCGGUGACCACCAACUUCCAGAGGUGGAUCCGCCGCGCCCUCUGGCGCCGCCCCGCCACCGUCGACCUCUACUACCUCCCCCGCCGCUCCUUCAGCUGGCCGCCCGCCGUGCCCCUGACCCCGGUCACCGCCGUCAGCCGCCUCAAGACCCUGCGCAUCUUCGGGCUCCGCCCGACGGUCGUCUUCGGCGCCGACGAGUUCCCGGCCCUCGAGGACCUGCACAUCGAGAGGUGCUCGUACGCGCACGGCACCAUCGCCUCGCCCACGCUCAAGCGGCUCGCCCUCGUCUCCCCAAUCAACGGCUGCUUCGUCCGCGAGCAGCGCCUCACGGCUCCAGGCCUCACCUCGCUGCGCCUCGUCCUCCCGUACAGCCGGGAGGAAGGGGUUAGGGUGAUCACCGACGCGCCGCUCACAUCGCUCGUCGACGCGUCGAUCACCAUAGUUGACACCGAUCCUGGGGAUCCGCGGAACCGACGGGUGAACCAAUUCAAGGUUGACUUCUUGGUUGCCAUCAGCAACCUGCUUGGCCGCCUCACCAGCGUCAGAAAUCUCGACCUGACUGGGCUCAAUGCAACGGCACUGCUGGAUAAUAAAUCCCAGGAAUUCCCGAUGUUCCCCUACUUGACAACCUUGCUCCUCAACGAGUGUGACAUUGGAUACAAGUACCACGUGUUGAGGAGCAUCCUUCAGAACGCCCCAAAUCUGGAGCAGCUUAGACUACACAAUUGCAAGUUUGUAGGUAAAUCGAGGAGGAAGGCUGGGCAAACCCAGUCGAAGGAGAAAACUUCAAAAUGCUCUAGCUCAACAUUGUCUUCCGCGUGCAGCAGUUUGAAGUCAGUGGAAAUCAAGCACCCGCGCGGUGAACCUUCUCAUGAUCUUUUACAUGAAUUUCUGAAGGAAAUACCACACAAUCAAUGGAGGAAGAGAUCAAUUGAUGAGGAGACAAUAUCAAUCGAGCUCAAUAGAAAGUAGAACAAAAGAAUUGCAAUAUAGGAGGCAUGCUUUUAUUUUUCAUAUGGAACAGUUUGACCAAAUUGGUCUAACUAGUUAGUAUAUAAUAAAAUCAUAUGUAGAUGUUACACCAUUAUGUAAUUGCAUUGUCAAAUGUCAAGCCAUGUUUGAAUGUUGGAGGACAUGCUUUGUUGCUACUGCACAUUGUAACACCUUGUGAAUUGAAUAUCAUCGAUAACAGGGCUUAUUAAGGUGUUGGUGCCAUGAUCUA